UCUCUCUCUCGCUCUGUGUAAACCCAACGACGGGGCACGUUCUGGCGAAAAGGGGAAAAUCAAGUCAGCUGAGCGGUUCGAGCUACUGCGACCAGGACGCGGCUCUAGUUCAGACAGUGUGUGUGUGGCGCUUUCAUCGACAGGAUCCCGAAACCGUUUUUCCGUUGCGUUACUGCUGCCUGCCGAGCAAGAGACGGCAAGAGUGUAAUCGUUCGUACGCGCAAGUGAAUCGAAUCGGGGAGUGUGGAGUGAAAAGUCUGCGUAACAAACGGCAGUGUCCUAAGCGAGCUGUCUCCGUGUGACCGAUGGGACAAGUAUUGAUUUUCUCUCCCGCUGACAAUUCUUUACGGUGGUUCCGUGUCUAAGCGCGCAUUUGGGAACUGUUUUUUUUUGUUUGCUUGCUAGCACCGAAGGGCUAACACACGUCAUUCCGCAAACCAAUAUUCCACCCCCCGGAAAAAAAAGCUUUCGAAAACGUGCGCCCAACCGUACUGCUGCUGCGUGUGCCUUUGUGUGCACGCCCGCGCUUGACGUAAGCAGCUUCGUGGUUCUGCAGUGGAUGUUUUGGCUUUUUGGCUGUGUGAAGCAACCUAAAAAAAGAGACAAACAUUACAAAGUAAAGUAAUUAUUUAAGCACGAAAACAGUAUGACGACUACAUCGACUUCGGGCGCCGGUACGGAGAGUGCAAGCAUCCGGUUAGCUAGCGGUCGGAUAAGCCAAAAGCAGCGUGCACCGAGCGAUGGUACCGAUUCGUCAUCGUGCAGCACACGGGAACCCUGGAUCUCGACGAACAAAAUUCUCAACAGCAGCCUGUGCGGUCGACGGAUCAACAGCCGCAAUCCAAACUUUGACUAUGACGAAACGAAGCUGCUGAUUGCGCUGUGGGGUGACCCGGUCGUACAGAAAACUCUCAUCACCACGCACAAGAAGCAUCCGGUGAUAGCGGAGCUGGCACGGAAGAUGCGUGACCACGGGUACAAUCGGUCGACGGAGGAAAUAAAUACGCGCAUCAAAAAUCUCAAAUGUUUCUACAAUCGCAUCAAGAAGGAUAUGGCGGCGGGUAUCAUUAAUCAGACGACUUGGCGCCAUUACGCCGAGAUGGAUGAAAUCAUUAGCCGGCCGGUGUUUGGUAAUGCGCAUCGGUUGCACAUGCAGCAACAAACGAAGCAGCACCAACAGCAGCAGCAGCAGCAGCAAGAUGAGAUGGCGCAGUCGAGCAAGGAGGAGAACGACCAGGACGAUGGUGCAAAGGAAUCGUUACCCCAGUUCCCGGUGAAGCUGGAAGUGAUGAGCGAUGAUGAUGAUGAUUACGAACCAACGGAGAUACGGGCGGAAGAUUUGCUUACCAUCGAUGCAAAGUUCCCAGAAGAUUCACCAGCGGUUCCGAGUCAGCAGCGUACAUUGCGUGGCACUAGGAAUGGUGGUAUUGGUAGUAGUGGUAGCAAAAAUGGCAAAAGUGUCACGAACGGAAAACGUGACCGUAAACAAACGGAAGAAGAUGACGAUGAAGAAGAGGACGAAGAAGAUGACGAGGAGGAAGAGGAGGAGGACGACGAUGAAGGUAGUGAUUUCGAUGUGGAAAAUGAAUUUAAUGACGGAUUGGAUGAGUUGCUUCAGAAAGCACAUGCCACCAAAACCACCUCCACUCCAGGUGGGUCAAAAUCGACGAACAGUUCAGCAGCAAAACCCGCCAACACGAGCGGGCUUGUGAUCGAAACAAUCACAUCGGGCAAUGGUACCACUAUCACGGCAACGGGUGGAACUUCCACGAGUAUACCGACCACCGGGAAGAUAUCCGUCGUACCGACGAAUCUACUGAUGAAGCAACCGUCAUCAGUUGCGUCUAGCUUGACCACUCCGAUACAGAUCUACACGCAACCUACGGUAAGCAUCGCAAAAGGCGUCGGUACUGGUGGCACGACUAUGGUUGCUACGGCCGGAAAGCCUGGUAGUGGGUCUGGCCCCGCUGUAGGGACGGGUCCGAUGAAGCUACUGCUAGUAAACACCGUCGCAAAGGAUGGAACAACCCAACAGAUACUAACGCCCGCGUCGGAAGCAACCACCACCAUGCCAAAGCUUAUCCCUGCGCCCGUACAUCACUCCAAGAUACCGCUCUCGGUAACUGGCCAAUCACCGAUCGUCACCAUACCGACCGUUAACGUACCAAAGAAAGUGGGCGAACCGGUCAAGCAAGGGACCAGCGGUGCACGUUCAGCAAAUGGUGGCCAAUCGGCAGGAUUCCGUACCCUUCUCACGCAGCUCGUUUCAAUACAGCGUGAAAAUCUGGCCCUCAAUCAGCAACGUUUGGCACUGGAAAAGGAGCGGCUGGAGUUUGAAAAACAGUUCGGCGGUUCACUCGUCGGUAUGGUGCGCAACAUGAGCACCUUCUUCACCGGUAUGCUACAACACCAGCGGAAAGAAACACAGCAACUGAAAGAAACGCAGCACGAACCGCAACCCAGCAGCAAACCGGUUGAGCUGCAAACGAAGCGUACGGAAGAUGUUAAAACACCACCGCCGAUCGCUACCGAUAGCUGUACUGUUGUAGAGGGGCGUGAAAUUUCAUCAUCGGCCUUAUCACCGUCAUUACCCCCGUCAAGGGUUGCUUCACCGACGUCAACCACGAAAGCACCGGCAACGGACAGUGGAAACGAGACGAAGGAACCCACCACGGGUUCGAAACGGUCCGAACCUUCCUCCGUACCACCUCCUCUCACACCGGCACCAUCCUCCGCGAAACCAUCGUCCACAUCGGACGUGUCCUUACCGAAGAAACGUCGCAUGAUGACGCGCAACUCAGCACAGCACAACCAACCGACCGGUAGCGGUACAGAGGAUCCACUGAAAACGGAAAUUAUCAGUGAUGCUGACGAUCCGUAGAACGAAC